AUUGGGGAGACGCUACAAUGUUUGCUCUUCUUUGUCUACUUCGUGUUCUUUAAUGGCUUCUCAUUUGUCUCUGCAACAUCCCAGGCCUCUCGACAAUUCAAAAUCUCUUGGUGCUGAUAAGAAACAAAAGAUUAAGGCCAUUGCAUUGAAUCCGUCGAAAUUAAUUAGGAAGGAUCGCGAGAGUUAUGGUUGCUCAUGCAACUUCAGUUCUUCGAAAUUCUUCCUGGCAUACAACCCUUCCCCACGGGAGUAUUCCUUGGGGGCACUAUCACCUAUGGCUUCUUUGUUCACUGAUGAGACCAUUAUUGAGAACUGGGGUCACAUUGUCAAGAGUCAUAGUAAGAAAAUGGAGUUCAACCGUGUAAAUUGUCUCGUGUGGGUGCUCCACGAAUCUGCUAAGAGCUUCUCCGCUGCGAUUGAAUUACUCGAAUUAGCGGGAAGCAGCGCCGAGAUUUUGAUGGCUUGGCUCGGGAAGGAUGUGCACCAGUGGCAUAAAAGGAUUUCUUAUCAGGUGGCGGUAUAUGCUAUGUUAAAGACGGCCGUCGAGGUGGAGUUUUUGCUCUCUCAUGAGCGUAGCAACAACCCUUCAGUUGUCAGGGAGAUCUUGAGCCCAAGGCUGAACUUAAUGAAGGAGUACAUAGAAAGUCAAAUGAGCGAAAGGCACACUGGACUGGUAGGAUGGUUCAGGGAGGUAGAAUUGCCACGGAUAGCUGGAUUUUUCAUUCCUCUAUUGAAGAGGUGGUCUAUGGAAUAUGCAGGAAGUGGUGUAGCAGGAAUUGUUGUCGGAAUAAGUUGCUGUUCAGCGGUGGCGAAAUUAGGUCCUCGGCAGUCAAGCUGCCGCAUGCUUUCAGUGUCCAUUGAUGCUAUUUUGCUUGAGCUCAUGGAACUUUCUCACGGCCUUGUGUCAGUGGACAAAGGGCAUCAAUUAGCAACUGAGGCUGGAUUUGAGCUGGACUUCCUGACACAUUUUGGGAGGAAGUUCUCCCUUAGCGAGGAGAGUGAAGAGCUUGAAUUUUGGAUUGGUCUUGCUCAAAAGAAGCUCUCACUUGCAUUUCAGAAAGAGCCUCUUGUUUCGUGCAUGGACGAUUCUCCAGACAAGGUCAAAGCUGAGAGUUUAGCUAUUCUUGGACUAUUUGCAUACUUGGGAAGAAGAACUAGACUACACUUGUCAAAAAUGGGCAUAAGAGAAGUGGAUGAGCAGGUUAAGGAUUUUCUCAGUUUCUUGGAGUGUGGUAUCAUCUUCAUAUACCCUGGAUUUUCUUCGGUACCGAUGUAUCAGAUGUUUAUGGAGAUGAUAAUUGAUGAAAUUGGAUGGCUCGACUUUUAUGCUUCACAAACCGCAAGCUGUACAGACAGGAAAAGGUCCAAGCAGCAUGUCAUCCAAGCGGAGACAGAGAUUAUUCUGUCUCGGGUCUUCACCACUUGCUAUGAUGUUUUCUCUGGCUUCGCUCAUUUCAGCCGUUCAACAUUGCAACCCUUAGAUUCAGAAGUGCUGGCAUUUCUACUCAGGAGCCAAAGCCUGCUUAGUGUUUGUCUAGAAGAUUAUUGGGUGGUUUAUGAUAGAUCAGGUGAAUCUCUUAAGACAGCAGAAACUGGUGCUUUGGACCCCACAUUGGCUGCGGCAGCUAAGUGGAAGGCUAAGCGCUCUAUAGCCCUGGAGGCACAGCACAAAGCAAGUGUCUCAAUGGCGCAAGAACGUUUUGAGAACACGUCUCAGCCUGUGCCUAAAUUGACAAACGAUACCAGUGCAAACACGAUGGUUGCCCUAGCCACUGUCAACAGGGCUGGAGAUGCUAAAUCCGAUGCCCGGGAUGAAGGCUUAUGCAGGAAGUUCAGCAUCAAGUUAGUCUCUGCCAGUCAUAACAUAUGGAUGGGCACCCAACUGCUGUGGAUAGACAUCGUGCUGUUGCUCAAGCUUCUCCUCAAGCAGAUGCGGGGUCACAAUAUCACAAAGAGAGAGAGGAAGAAGUUAAAGAGAACAUUACAUGACAUAGCGACGCUCAUUCCAGUCACCAUACUGAUGCUACUUCCUGUAUCUGCUGUCGGUCAUGCUGCCAUGAUAGCAGCCAUCAAGAAGUACAUGCCUUCACUGAUCCCUUCUCCAUAUUCAAAAGAACGUCAGGACAUUGUCAAGCAAUUAAAUAGGACUAAGAAGAUGGAAGUCCGUCUGUGGAGCAACCUUGAAGACUCUUCCUUCAGAAUAACAUAGGAUCUCUACUUUCUGCACCAACCGUGUCGCUGCGCAAAUGCUGUAUAUACCACACAUAAAACAGGAAUAAUCUGAAAUAAUGUACAGGCAUAGCAUAAAUUCAUCAAGGCUAACGCUACUUCCACGGAGUUA